AUGUACGAUAGUGAUCGUUCUAAAGAUCGGGAUCAUAGUGAAUCUCGUGACCGUGGAUGCGAUGGAUCGCGGGACCGAAAAAGAGACACUUUGCGAAACCGCAGAUGCGGCGAAUUGCGAGAUCGUCGGCGUCAUAGUUUGCGGGAUAAUUCAUUGGACAGUUAUUCUGAAUCUUUGCAUAGUGACAGGCUAAUAUCGAAAAGUGAUCGAUAUACUGGCGUUUACGCAUUGGCGGCGACGGCAGCAAAAACGGACAACGAUACGGUUGGACUCAACGAGAGGCUAGCAGGUAGCAACAAAGAGACUUGCGAACAAGAGAACCUAGCCACUGAACUGGAACACAUCAGGUCUACGCUACAACAAAACGGUUACUCCAGACACAGAAUUAAUCGCACCAUAGACCGACUGACCAACCAAACAACAAAACCGACACACAAACAUACGACGGACACACACGACAAAGAACACGCAACUACCUUCUUACCAUACAUUCAAGGUACGACGGACCGCAUAGGAAGAAUCCUCAGGAAACACAACAUUAGGACUGUUUUCACAACUCAUACCAAAAUAGGACAACUCCUCACCUCCCCCAAGGACCCGCAGCCGCAGCUGUCUACACCAGGGGUAUACAAAAUCCCAUGCUCAUGCGACCAAGUAUACAUUGGCGAAACUGGGAGGAGCGUGUACACCAGACGCAAGGAACAUGAGCGUUGCGCCAGGUUGGGCUACAUCCAAUCAGCAGUGGCAGAACACCAGAUUACCACUGGGCACAAAAUCCUGUUUGAUAAAACCGAAGUUUUGGCAAAAACAUCAGCCUACCUUCCCCGGAAGCACAGGGAAGCAAUAGAAAUACGGAAACACCCGAACAACAUCAACCGGGAAACAGGAUAUCACAUUAACCCAAUCUGGCACACGCUCUUCCCAGUUUUUUUUAAUUGUGCGCACAAUCAAAAAGGUCCCACUUUCAGUUUGGACGCAAUCAACCGGAACGGCCAACGAUCCGGAACGUGA